UGACCAAUCAGGAGUCGGCAUUUUGAAAACGAGGCCGCAAGGAAAAUAAAAAAGAUGUCGGACCGACCACAGAUGGAAGGAGUUCUCUGGAAAUGGACCAAUUAUUUGAGCGGUUGGCAGCCACGCUGGUUUGUACUAGAUAACGGAGUGUUGGCGUACUACAAGUCACAAGAGGAGGUUCACCAGGGGAGCAAAGGGGCACUCAAGAUGUCUGUAUGUGAAAUCGCAGUUCACCCGACUGACCAGACGAGGUUUGACCUGAUCAUCCCCCAUGAGCAGCAUUUCUACGUGAAGGCAGCCACGCCGGCCGAGAGACAGACCUGGGUCGUCGCACUGGGAACUGCUAAGGCCUGUCUGGCUGACAGCAGGAACAGGAAGGAACAAGGGUUGGAGGAAUCGAAGGAGACCCUGAAGGGAAAGAUGUCAGAACUCAGACUGUACUGUGACCUGCUCCUGCAGCAAGUCUCCAACAUCAAAACUGCUGCAACAGAUCCGGAACAAGUUGACCAGGAGAUGCUCCACGAGUCGUCCUCCCUCCUCUCAGCGACGUGUGACACGUUCAUCAGGACAAUGACAGAGUGCAUGAAGCUGGCAGACAACAGCUUCACUCCUCAGAUCCCAAACACUUCCAUGAACUCUGCGCUACCACCCACACCCACCAGACAUGCGAAAAGACCAUACAACAGAACAUCUUCAGCAACAGAAAACAGCAGACAUUCCCCCACCCCAGUGUCCAUUCCUAAAGGCCCCACCACGACAUACAAAAACCUGGAGGACUUCGCAGCCACCAGAAGAACGACAGAGAAUGAGAGACUCUCGGCCAGCGCUCCCACGUCGCCCAUGGUUACAGACGUCCCUAGCAACCUGCCACGCCCACCGACGCUAGAAACCACCGGCCCUCCCAGUGAUGUGGAAAAAGACGAUGAUGAAGAAGAGAGAAAAGUCAAAACUUUCUUUACAGCAGUAGAUCAUAGUUUUACAGAUGUUAGACUGACCGUAAGUGGUGACAUCCCCACCGCACCAUUCCUAGAUGCCUGCAAUGACAUGCUACCUUUCUUUGACCAUGUAGGAGGACCAGCUAUGGCACCUGUAAAAAUGGAUGUACAGGGAAAUAUUAGGAAGCUAACUCAGAAGUACUCGACCAACCCGGCAGCCUACAGCACGUUACAGGACAUUAUCAAACAGGAGAUGGCUACAAACACCACUCAGGUCAAGAACUCUGCUACAGAUGCGAUCAUGUGGUUAAAAAGGGGUCUCCAGUUUGCCCGAGAGUUAUUUAUGGAGAUUGUUCAGGGAGAGAGGGACUGUACAGUAGCAGUAGGUAAUGCAUAUGAGAAGACAUUGAAGAAAUAUCAUGGUUUUGUAGUUCGAGGUGUGGUUGCUCUUGCCAUCAAAGCGGUUCCGUCGUACGAAGACUUCCGUACGAAGGUGACAUCGCCAGCGGGAGAGGAAUACAGGGACACACCACUGGUGGAGAAAGCUCUCAUGCAGGACGCUGAAACCUACGCAGACGCUCUCGGUGUCCUUACAACGAUUCUCCACGAAUUUUACGUCACUCACAAUCUCGAUUCUCAAGAGGUUGUGGGGUAGCCACCAAAAGACAGGGUGCCCAGUAUGUAAACCAGGGCUCUAGCCAGCUCAAAAUUUUUUCCGGACCUACUCAGACGCUCUCGGAGUCCUGACCACGAUUCUCCACGAGUUUUACAUCACCCACAAUCUCGAUUCUCAAGAGCUUCUGGGGUAGCCAGGACAGCAAGAGAGAGCUUGGCCAAUAUGCAGACUAGUGUUGUUGUUUGUUUGUUUUGAUUAGGCAUUUUUGUUGAUGUUUAUGUUAAAACUUUGGAUCCAACACAAAGAAUAUGGUUCUCACCUACAUGUAGAGCCUGUAACUAAAAUGUAUCAACACAGACAAACUUUCAUGAAAGCAUUUUUGUUGAUGUUGUUCUAAAAUGUUGUUCAGUUCAGUCAAACCUGUCCAAGGAGACCACUAUAUGGAUAGGUGGUCAAUAUAUACUUAGAUAGAUAGGAUUAAAAUGCUUGUGUUCAUGGGAAAAGUUAUAUGAGGGACCCAAAAAAUAGCCAGGUGGUCCUUAUGUAGAGGUGGUCACUUGAAUGUGCUUUCCAAUCUGUAGUGACCAUUCGAGUGGCUUGAAUAUGAAGAAAAUGGUAGAA